AUGAUGUUUUAUUAUUAUGAAAUUAUUCAAAAAGUAAUUUUCGUCAUAUUUAUCUUAUUUUGUUGUCAACAAUUUAAAAGUUAUGUAGUUACAACGAAUAUUGAUGAUAUUUCUAGUGAUUUGGAACAUAUACGUGUGCAACAACGUAUGCCUGGUUUGUCUGCAUUAGCCUUGAAAAAUGGUAAAAUUGUAGCACAAGGAGUAGCUGGAUAUCGUCGACAAGAUUAUCCUUCUUCUCUUCUAAUAUCUGACCCUUUUAAUAUUGGCUCGUGUACUAAAUGGAUGACAGCCACUUUAGCUGGUCGUCUCGUCGAUCGUAAACUUAUAUCAUGGUCUACUCAAGUUCAUGAAUGUUUUCCAAAUUAUGAAACUUUCAAUAGUGCUUUUCGAAAUGCUACUUUAGAACAAUUAUUAGCACAUCGUGCUGGUGUUCAAAACACUCCAACAUUUUAUAAUCAUCAUCUUGUAGCUUUUAUUUCCCAACAAGGUAAUAUCAGUCAAAUUCGUCGAUGGGUUGUUGAAACUGUCCUAAAAGAUACACCUCAAAUACAAUCUGGCGAAUAUCUUUAUUCUAAUCAAGGUUAUACAGUUGCAGCUGUUAUGAUGGAAUAUGUAACGGGUCAAGAUUGGGAAUCAUUAAUGUAUGAACAUAUUUUUAUUCCAUUAGACAUGACUAGUGCUAGAAUUGGUCCAGUUUAUGAUGAAAGUCUUCUUCCUAAAGUACCUAUUGGUCAUGAAUUACUUGUUAAUAAUUCAAAACCUAUUCCACGUCCAAUGCUUACUCCACAUAUACUUCACGUUGAAUUCGCGUCAUCAGCUCCGUCCGGUUUCGUUGCUUGUACACUUCAUGAUUUGGCUAAAUUUUUAUACGCACACAUAAUAGGUGAAACUACUGGAUAUUUAAGUAAAGACACAUUAGAUACAUUGAAACGUCCUUACAUUGGUGUUGAAGGUUAUGGCCUCGGAGUUAUAGUACGUAAUAGUACAUUGGCGUUACCUGGUCAAGCAUUAAUACAUGAUGGAGAUAGUUUUGGACACAGUGCAGUAUUUUGGAUGGCACCUGCUAAAGAUCUAAUUACUGUUGCUUUCACGAACAGCCGCUCAGAAGAGCGCUAUGCUGCAAAUGCUUUAAAUGGUGCUAUUGAUGUGCUUCUAAAAAAACAUAUUAAUAGUGUAAGAAACAGUGAAUCAUUAGAUCAUGGUUUUAUCGAUCUUAAUCACUCUUGA